AUGAAGCCCAGGUGUGCGGUUUUCGGCCUUUUGGCCAUCCUGCCAUCUGUUCAUGCAGGCUUUCUUUUCGGAGAAAAGAAGACGGAAGACGAUUUAGUCAUCCCCGAGGGCACAGUUCUCGUCCCUCUCCGAAUGGUGAACAACAUGACCGCAUACGCCAUCGACCUACAAAUUGGGACACCUCCUCAGAACGUGACCGCGCUCCUAAGCACGAUGGACGACAUUGAGUAUUCGGUUCAGUCGCCUUCCAAUCCCGCCUGCAAAGAAGGCUUCUGUAGCCAGUUUGGCAGCUACAACCACACAUUGUCCUCCACAGCAAAUUACUCCGGGCCAGGGUUCAACGGUUCCGGCGGCACGGGCAGCUUCGUCACCGACCAGCUCUGCCUCGGGGGCCUCGGGGGCAAAUGUCUAAAAGAAGCCCGGUUCGGCGUCAUUGAAAAGCCCUCUUCUAAUCGCCCGAUUACACGCCAGCAAGCAGGCACUAUCGGGUUAGGAACCCAUUGCGAGACGGCCAAUUGUACCUCAAUCUCCACCAUAGUCGACCAGCUCUACAAGGAGAAGCUCAUCAAGACGCGAUCAUACAGCAUGUUCCUCGGCGAAGGCAAAGAAAACAACACAGCUCCCUGGUACGAAAAAGGCCACAUCCUCUUUGGCGGCAUAGACAUAGCCAAGAGAUACCACCCCACCGUUGUACGAUCAUUGCAAAAUUCCACGCGCCAUGUCGACAGCCCCCAGCGCUUCCACGUCAAGAGUCUCCAAAUCAAGACCAUCUGGUUCCGCCCCUGGCCGCUGCACAUGUUCCCCCUCGGCGGCGUCGAAUUCACCAUUGACCCUACCUCGACGCGCUGGACCCUGCCCAAGGUAUUGAAGGACAGUCUUUACAAGCGGUGGAACGCGAAGGAGCCGGAUGAGAAUGGCAGAGUUGAGGUGAACUGCGGCCCGAGAUUCAAAGACGGCGGGAGGUACGUGAAAAUCAACUUUGGUGUCGGCGUGGGCGGCAAGGAUGAAGAGAUGAUUGUCAUUCCGAACAAGGCUAUUCUCAAGGACAGCAAUAAGAAGUGCUGGGCUGAUUUGGAUGUUGGUGAGGAGGGCGGCGUUUGGGGCCAGCCGUUUUUGCGGUCGGUCUAUCUGACCAUCAACUAUGACAACAUGACGAUGGAGAUGUCGAGGAUUCACACCGCUAGGCUAUUUCCUCCGUUUCCGGAUUUGAUUACCAUUGAAUAA